AUGUUUCGGUUCUACAUGGGCAAAGGAACACAUAAGGGGCUCUACAAGAGUAUCCAGAAGACUCUUAAAUUUUUCCAAACAUUUGCUUUACUUGAGGUAAAUGUGCUGCUCCUUAGUAUAGUGCGCACAUCGGUGCUAGUAACGGGGGUCCAAGUCAGCUCAAGAAUCUUUAUGGUUUGGUUUAUUACCAACAGCAUUAAACAGAUCCAGAAUGAGGAGAGCGUUCUUCUCUUCCUGAUUGUAUGGACUGUGACGGAGGUCACUCGAUAUUCCUACUACACUUUUAAUCUUCUCAAGCACGUGCCAUACUUUAUUAAAUGGGCCAGGUAUAAUUUAUUUAUUGUCUUGUAUCCUGUUGGUGUAGCUGGUGAACUCUUAACAAUUUAUGCUGCUUUACCGUAUGUGCGGAAGACUGCAAUGUACUCUCUGCGACUUCCAAACAAGUACAACGUUUCCUUCGAUUACUACUACUUCCUGAUCGCCGUCAUGUGUUCUUAUAUACCAUUAUUUCCCCAGCUGUAUUUCCACAUGCUCCGCCAAAGAAGAAAAGUCCUGCAUGGAGAAGUCUUUGUGGAAAAGGACGAAUAA